AUGGGUGUAGCGGAUUAUAGUGGGUUUGAGAUUUAUAAUGGGAUGUUGAGAAGUGGCGUAAAGCCGGAUGAUCAUACUUUUCCUUUUGUGAUUAAGCUUUGUUCGGAUUUUAUGGAGGUUAAAAAAGGGUUGGAAGUUCAUGGAUUGGUGGUGAAAUCUGGUUUUGAUUAUGAUGUGUUUGUGAAUAAUACGCUGAUAUUGUUUUAUGGGAAUUUUGGUGAUUUGGUGGGUGCGCGAAAAGUGUUUGAAGAAAUGCCUGAAAGGGAUUUGAUUUCGUGGAACAGUAUUAUUCGGGUGUUUUCGGAUAAUGGGUGUUAUUUUGAAGCUAUUGGGAUGUUUAGAAAGAUGGGUUUGUGGUCCGAGUUUAAGCCGAAUGAGGUAAGCGUUAUGAGUGUAUUGCCUGUUUGUGCAGUGUUGGAAGAUGGGAUGGUUGUUAGUGAGAUUCAUUGUUAUGUGAUUAAAGUAGGUUUAGAUUGUCAAGUGACUGUUGGGAAUGCGUUUGUUGAUGCAUAUGGGAAGUGCUUAAAUGUUGAGUCGUCAAGACGAGUUUUUGAUGAGAUGGUUGAAAGGAAUGAGGUUUCUUGGAAUACAAUGAUUGGUACUUUUGCUCAUAAUGUGUUUAAUAACCAUGCAUUGGAAAGUUUCAGGUUUAUGAUUAAUGAAGGUUGGAAAGUAAAUUCGACUACAGUUUCAAGUUUGCUACCUGUCUUGGUUGAACUUGGCGAAUUUAGUAGGGGAAGAGAAGUUCAUGGCUUUUGUCUAAGGACAGGUUUAGAGUGUGAUGUCUUUGUUGCGAAUGCCUUGAUUGAUAUGUAUGCAAAAUCGGGGCGUUCAGCUCAAGCAUCUGCCAUUUUCCACAAAAUGGGUAUUAGAAAUGUUGUGUCGUGGAAUACAAUGGUAGCAAAUUUUGCUCAAAAUAAGCUUGAGUUAGAGGCUAUAGGACUUUUCGCGGAAAUGCAAUCUUGUGGUGAAACUCCAACAUCUGUCACGCUGACAAAUGUUCUUCCUGCAUGUGCACGAAUUGGUUGUCUUCGUUCAGGAAAGGAGAUACAUGCCAGUUCAGUAAGAAACGGGUCUGUCACUGAUCUCUUCGUCUCAAAUGCUAUAACCGAUAUGUAUGCAAAAUGUGGUUGCCUUAAUCUGGCCCAAAAUGUGUUUGACAUGUCUCUUAGAGAUGAGGUAUCUUACAAUAUACUCAUUGUUGGUUAUUCACAGACAAGUUAUUGCUCCAAGUCUCUUGUACUGUUCUCUGAAAUGGUGACGACAGGGUUGAAGCAUGACACUGUUUCCUUUGUUGGAGUUCUCUCAGCAUGUGCAACUAUUUCCGCGAUUAAACAAGGAAAGGAAAUUCAUUCAUUUGCAGUGAGAAGAUUGUUUCAUGAACAUCUCUUCGUUUCAAAUUCUCUUUUGGAUUUUUAUACCAAAUGUGGACGGAUUGAUCUUUCCCAGAAGAUAUUUGACAGGAUUGAGAACAGGGAUGUAGCAUCAUGGAAUACUAUGAUUUUAGGGUAUGGGAUGCUUGGCGAUUUACAUACUGCAGUUGAUAUGUUUGAAGCCAUGCGAGAGGAUGGUGUUGAACACGAUUCAGUCUCCUAUAUUGCAGUUCUAUCAGCAUGUAGUCACGGAGGACUAGUUGAUAGGGGGAAGAAAUACUUUAAUGACAUGCUUGCUCAUAACAUUGAACCAUCACAGAUGCACUAUGCUUGCAUGGUUGAUCUUCUUGGUCGUUCAGGGCUUAUGGAGGAGGCCAUUAACCUUAUUACUGGUCUACCAUAUAAACCAGAUGCCAAUAUUUGGGCUGCGCUCCUUGGAGCAUGCCGACUUCACGGAAAUGUGGACUUGGGUUCUUGGGCAGCUGAGCACUUACUUGAGCUGCAGCCAGAGCAUCCUGGGUACUAUGCUCUGCUCUCAAAUAUGUAUGCUGAAGCAGGCCGGUGGGGUGAAGCUGAUAGGAUCAGAGAAUUGAUGAAGUUGAGGGGUGUGAAGAAAAACCCUGGAUGCAGUUGGGUUCAAAUUCAAGACAAAGUGCAUGCUUUUAUUGUUGGACAAAGACUGGAAAGACUGGAUCCGUGUUUGUCGCUUGAAAGCGUUGGUUGA